AUGCGGUCGACGCCCCAUUGGUUCGCUGCCUUCGCUAUCGCUUUAGUCGCGACGAGCCCAUUGGUCACUGCUUCGCCAACCGGUACCAACAACUGCAAGAAGAAUGAGUUUUGGUGGGGAGACGUGGGCGCUUGCCUUCCGAACGGAGGUCCUUCGGUAGUCCCUCGCCCACCUGCCGGUGUCGAGUGUCCGGCUACGGGGUACUACUGGGGUGAAAAGCUGAAAUGCUGCGUGCCUAGGCACAACCCACCUAAUAAACCUUCGAAGCCCGAGUGCAAGAAAGAUUGGGAAUGGAAUCCUGUUGUAAAGAGAUGCUUGCCUACUCCUCCCAAGCCGGAGCCUCCCAAACCCACCUUGCCUAAGCCGGAGCCUCCCAAACCUCAGCCCCCAAAGCCUACCCCACCCAAGCCGGAGCCUCCCAAACCUCAGCCCCCAAAGCCUACCCCGCCUAAGCCGGAGCCACCGAAGCCUCAGCCUCCCAAACCUACCCCUCCAAAGCCUCAACCACCCAAACCUACCCCUCCAAAGCCUCAACCACCCAAACCUACCCCUCCAAAGCCUCAACCACCCAAACCUACCCCUCCAAAGCCUCAACCACCCAAACCGACCUCUCCAAAGCCUCAGCCUCCCAAACCUACGCCGCCUAAGCCAGAGCCUCCCAAGCCUACACCGUCCAAAUCAUGGUCGCACCCUCACUAUCCUAAGCGAAACGUCCCUCUGCGAGAAUCCCUCUGCCCGCGAGGCUUGCAAGCAUGUCCGAUCGGAGGUUCAGGCGCCGAAGAUUAUGAGUGCCUUGACACUCUCGUCGAAUUGGAAUCGUGCGGCGGGUGUGCCUCGAACGGAACUGGUCAAGAUUGUACAGCCAUCCAGGGUGCCUGGAAUGUAGGCUGUGAGCAAGGAGUGUGUAAAGGUGAUUGA